AUGAACGUAAAGAUGAAGUCCGGGUCCCCUUUGGCCACCUCAUUCACGCCGUCGUCGACUUCGUCUUCGACCUCUGACUUGGCAGACCUCAAGGGCGAUUUAUUGGCCGAUUUAUGGCAGACCUCAUCGCCUGGUUCGUACGCUCCUGGCACUACUUGGAACUUCGCCUCGUCCCCUCCUUUGUUCAACCAGCAUCAGCCAGUCACCGUCCAAAAGGAGUACUUCCAACAACCAAACUUGGUCCCCAAUAGCAAUAUCAACAAUACUUUGACCGAAGAAAACUUGAUGUUCAACACCGAGGUCGAUCCCUUGUAUAUGGAGUCCCGGAAGCAAGUUUACCAGGACCAGCCCCAGGAAGAGGUUUUCAAUUUCGAAGAACAGCAACAGUUGCAACAGUCUGUCGUGAGACCAAACCAACCUCAAUCAAACUUUGCUUACCACUCCAAAAACCAACAGCAGGUCAACACGCAGUUGUACAAAACUGAGUUGUGUGUCUCAUUCAUGAAGAUGGGCAUCUGUCCAUACGGUAACAAGUGCCAGUUUGCCCAUGGAGAAAACGAGUUGAAGACGGUGGAAAGGCCACCUAAGUGGAGAUCCAAGCCUUGUGCCAAUUGGGCCAAGCUUGGUAGUUGCCGUUACGGAAAUAGAUGUUGUUUCAAACACGGUGAUUAA